AUGGAAAUUAAGAAAAGCAAAAGAAGUAGAGUAUCCACUGAGGGGAAAGAAUUAAACAGAAGGAUACACCUGAAUAAUAACCACAAAAACGAGAGUGUAAAAAGGAUUAUGCAUUGCAACGAUUCGGAGGAUAAAAAACACACAGAUAGUAAUUCCAACAUUUUAAGUAACACGUAUGAUAACAUCUAUGACGACCUCUCAUCCAACUAUGAGGACAGUGCAUGCAAAUCUAAUGACGACUUGACGGAAUUUUAUCUGUACAAAGAAAUUAACAACCAUAAGUAUAACAACAAUUUGUACGACUUCUACUUGAGUAAGUUUAAUAGUAACUUCGAGGAAAAGGACAAGCUGAAAGACUCCAACGUGAGUCUUAUUAAUAAAAUUUCUCGCAUAAAGAAGAAUCACAAAUAUGGAGGUAAAAAUGAUGAAAAAAAGACAAGAAGGGUGAGAGACCCAAAUGUCAAUGAAAGGAUGGCAGGUGAGAAACACCCAGGGAGGGACGAGCACCGGGAGGAGCGUUCCACCUAUCGUAACGUCAAGAAUCAUCAUACAGACCCGUAUGAUAAAGAAAAUGAGGACAAACUAGCCCAGUUGAGAAAGAAAUAUAAGCACAUCAUGCUUGAUUCGUCGCAAGAACCACUCAAUGGUGACCCAACAAAGGGGCGUUCCAUAAAACAGACAGACCAAAUGAAGAAAGAAAAAAAUCAAGACCAAAAUGAGGACCAAAAUGAGGACCAAAAUGAAGACCAAAAUGAAGGCAAAAAAGAAGGCGAAAAUGAAGGCCAAAAUAGAGGCGGCCAUAAUAAAGGGCAAAAUGGCGAGAAAGAAAAUCUGUACAACAUCUACUUCAACACGCUGAUAAACAAAUGUGAUUACACCAUUUCAUGUUACAUGUACAAGAAAACAAAUGCCACACAUAUUUAUAGAAAAAAAAUCCUAGUUUUAAAGAAGCAUUUUUUAAUUAUAAAUAAAUUUAAACAAAAUAUUAGUAACAUCUACACGGUUAUGCACCGAGAUGUGUAUGAUAUAUCUCAUUCUAGAUAUGGACAUAUAUACAAAAGUUCGAACAACAUUUACAAAUUUAGUGUGUAUGCGAAACGAUUGAGCAAAACGGAUGGCUCUUCCACCUCAGAUAAUAGUAAUUUUUUUUCUUUAAAAAAAAAAAAAAAAAAGAAGAAAAAUAAUUACAAAAUAUCAAAUGAUGGAUACCACUUCAACAAUGAGCAGAUUCGUUUGGCUAACCACAAUGUGAAUGUUAUUAUCGAGUUGAUAAAUUUAAUGAAAAUGAUUUCUAUCUAUGGUUCCAUAAAAAAGUACAUGAAAAUACUCUUCUUCAAGUACACCAAAAAUGUCUUUUUAAAGAAUUACGAGUUAUAUUAUUCUUCCCCCAAAUAUUUCAACGUGCUGAAGAAAUUCUACAAGUCGAUUCAUGCCAGUGCUUAUAAUUACAUAUAUGUAAAUAUUUUAAAAAUUAGGAACUUAGAACAAAUUAAGUAUAAUUACAUAUAUGCCAUAAUUGACGUGGAUAAUUUUUUGUACCACUACAAGUAUGAGUACAAUAGGGACAUGUUCAUACCGCUUUUCACGGAUAGGCAGAAUAAAGUAAUAUUCUACUUUUACACAGACUUGGAUUUGUAUCUAGGACAUUUUACUCUACACAAUUAUGAAAUUGAGAAGCACAUUGAUUUUGAUUUAUACAAAAAGGCGGAACUGAGUAGUUUACAAAUCCAGACCGAUUUCUUUUUAACGAAAAAUACCAAAUACAGAAACACGUCAAUGUAUAGCUCCACGUCGUCUAACAGGACGGAAAAAUUAUUCAGCUCUUUUUCCAAUCAAACGAAUGACCAGGUGUCAAAUGGGCUUUCUCUCCUUAACCAGAAAAAUAUUUUCUUCGAUAAGAAUUACUUUUUUGUGAGAAAAUUACAUAAUGACCAAAAAAAAAAUACACAAAAAAAUAUCAGAUAUGAAUCCGACUCGAAUGAUGAUAACUUGUAUGUCCAUAUAUUUAUAUAUAAAAGUAAAAACCGAUUUGAGUACUUGCUACCGUCUCAAAACACCACCAAUGUGCUUUGCAAUGAUGAGAAUCUCUCCAUGACAUAUAACAACGUUAACAAUAAUUACCAGUUGGUUAAUAUAUUUCUAAAUAAUAUCAAACGCACAAUGCAGAUAAAAAACAGAUUCAACUAUAUCUUCGAUAAAGUGAACGGCAUAUUCGAAUUUAGAAGCUUCAUCAUUUCGAUCAUUUCAAUUCUUUACCUUUUUUUCUGUUCCUACUUUAAGAACUACAUACAUAUUGUGCUCCUUCUAACCGUGGCAUUUCUGAUAUACAUAAAUAACGAGAAGAAUUACGAUUUUUGCAAAAACAUCUUGUACGAUUUUCCAAUUCUGUACCUCUUUUUUCCCCAUAAAAUUUUGUGUAAAAUAUCGAAGAAGUCCAAUCUGUACCACCUACACACGUUUCUGCACAUUUUCAUUCUGCACAGAUUUCCCUCCUUCUUUCAAUACUUGUAUAAACAUUACAAAUCCAAGUGCUUGUACUUCUUUGCCUACACCCCUGCUUACCUAGGGAAGUACUGCAAUGAUCAAUUCUUAGACAAAAGGAGUACUGAGCACAACAGAAGUAAACUCUCCUUGGGUAGGUUCUCCAAGGUGAAAGCGAGUAGGAGGAAGAGCCUCGAAGAUGGGCACGAUAGAGGCUCUACGAGGAGAGGUGUUCGGGGCAAGGAGAGACAAGCGAAGGAAGAUUCACUUCUGAGCCCAACCUAUGGCAACAACGCAGGGGAUGGGAAAAUGGUAAUCUGCCAGGAGGGCAACAAUGCCGUCGUAGUUCGUGCCACUGUGGGUAACAGUGCUAUUUCUGGGAACGAGGAGCGAGGAGAUGUUCCCAAAUCAAGCAGUGACAUCUUUCGCGAGAGAGGAGGUUCCAAUUGCGAAGAAAAAAUCAACUUCAAUUUUGAAGCCAGUAUUAUGGAUGGCAGAAACGGUCAAGGUCAGAAUAUUCACCGCAAGGGGAAUGUACUCUUUCCAGGGGAAGCGGCGAGAAAUAGAAAGGAGGGGGAACACGACGAAGUCGGCGAGGAAAACAUUAUUUUGAACGAAAUACUUCGUUUUUUUCAAAAUAUAAUUAUACCUUUGAUGAUGACGUUGAAAAUUAUUCUGAAGAUCUAG